AUGAAGGAUUAUAAUGAAAAAAAGAGACAGAGUCAAGACUCGAUAACAGAACCCCCUACUGGCGUUUUACAUGAGCAUGACCCAGCUCAGCCUACUUCGAAGAAGAAGCGGAAACUCUCGGACGAUGGUAGCCAGCAUAUGGAAAGACAGGUUGCGCCGGAUACAUCGCAGCGGCUUCCAGCGCCUCAAUCGAAGCGGAAGCGAGGUGAAGAUACCGCUUACCAUCAGCACCUUACGGAGGCAGAGAAACUCGCAAACCAGCCGUUCCUUCAGGAGCUCGUAAAGCCGCUUCGCGGCAACUCUGGUUAUUUGUCUGCCUUUUGGAUUUCGCUACUUCAGAACCCCAUCGGAUCGGCGUGUGAACCCUUCAAGGCCAUGUAUCAAAUUGGCAAUCCCCGUAUCAACGUGGAGGUGUUAAAGACGUAUUGCAGCCAGACUUUUGGGACCCAAGCCAUGGAACUCUCCUGGAGCCCAGAGCUCACCAAGAGCUUUCAAGCAUUCAUCAGUACGCUGAGUAUUUCAUCUGCGCAUAUGGAAGCCAUGCAGGGCGCAGAGCUGAAUGGGAGGGAUGGGACAGAGAGCGAAGUGACUGGAGCCAUUAGGUCGGAAACAGAGCUAAGCAUGGAGCGCAUCAACGACGACAGGUGCGAUUUACACUAUGCGCCUUGCGACGAAAACUUGAUGUCCGUCGUGCAUCUGCUCUGCGCCGAGCUCAUUAGCGGACAUCCGGGCCGGAUGAAUUUCCUAGCAGCUCGUAUGUUUGAGAUGGUGUCUCAGCGAGGUGGAUUGUAUGGGCUGGGUGUGAGUAGAGUGUUAGCGGCAAUCCUGACCACGUAA